CCAAUAAUUUUUAUCAUUAAGUCUGCUGUGAUUGUUUUAAAAUGAUGAUCUUGUAUAUUGAUAGGAACAAAUUGAAGUGGCUUUGACACAAAGCAAUAUUUGAUGAAUCUCAAAUAUCUCCUAAUGAUGUUGUCGGUAGAGUUCUUGGGCCCGAAUUCUGAAAGAGUGAGAAGUAUGGGUAUGGGUGCAGCUCCUACUAAUACAGUUAGAAAUAAUAGAGUUAGACUUUCAAAUUUGAGUAAUUCUUCAACAAGUGUUACUGCAUUAUCAUCUAACUUUUGGCCAAAGAAGUACAUGAACUUGGAAUCUCAAGUUCAAAAUAACAUGACAACAUUUAAAGCAUAUGCUAUGAUGAAAGAAGGAAAGAUUCUUGAUCAAGUGGCUGACAUUUUGAGUUUCUCAAAUUCAAGUAAUAUUCCAAGUGAGCCUAAUUUGCCGUUGAUUGCAAGAGGAUCUUGUGGUGGUAGAAACAUUUGAUGUGCGUUUUAUUAAGGAGAUUGAACAAGACUAAUAUCAAUUCUAUGUUUUUGUUAUGUUGACUCUUUAGAUGAAAAUUUAUGUUAGACCAAAAUUUGUGUUUAAUUGUGAGAUUUAAUAUCACCUAAAUAUUUUAAACAACAUAUUAUUAUCAUG